GGGGAGAUGAUGUGGCUUUUCCAUCUGUACCCAAUGUGGAUCUCUCAGUACAACGACGGUAGGACACAGUAUGUGGGUAUUCUGUAUAUACUAACAUCUGCAUUCCUUUUAACCAUCCUAGGGCUGUGUGGGGUUGCCAAUGCACAAGUUGGCAAUCCAGAUCCAAUCUCGAAAGAAGGUGUUCGACAACUUAGAAAUGCCACUCGAGAUCUUUUUGGACAUGCUUGGGAUUCAUACAUGAAGUAUGGAUUCCCUGCAGAUGAGGUUACACCUUUGACGUGUCAACCACAUGGACCGGACUAUAUCAAUAUAGAGAAUACUGUUAGAAAUGAUGCUAUGGGAAAUACUUCAUCAACAGUACUUGAUAAUUUGGAUACUCUCAUAAUCAUGGAAAGGUGGAAUGAUUUGGAAGUGGUGUUACAAUAUUUACACGACGAACAGGAACAACUCUUUGAACAAGACACGAUAGUACAAGUGUUUGAACAAACAAUUAGAUCAUUGGGUGGUUUGAUGUCAUCUCAUUUACUUUUAGAUUUAUUAUCUAAACAAGAAAGAUAUUCCAAUAUACCUUGCGUUACAAAUUAUGACGGGUUUCUAUUGUCCUUGGCCCAAGACUUAGGAUCUAGGCUCCUUCCAGCGUUCAAGACAUCUACUGAACUCCCAGUGCCGAGAAUAAAUCUUGCUAAGGGAGUGAGAGCAGUGCCAGCAAGAAUGCAAUUAGAGACAAACACCGCUGGUGCUGGUUCCCCCGUGUUGGAGUUUACUCUUUUGUCGAAACUUACAGGAGACCCUUCCUUUGAGAAGUAUGCAAAGGCUGCAUUUUAUAAGAUUUGGAGACUGAGACUGACGCUAGACUUAAUGCCCAUGAGCCUUGAUCCUAUAGAAUCUAAAUGGUUUGAAACUCAUACUGGAAUUGGAGCAUCGAUUGACUCAUUCUACGAAUAUGCCGCUAAGCUGGCAAUCAUCUUUGAUGAUGAAAACAUGUGGAAAGUCUUCACUACUCUGUACCGAGCAUUGAGAACACAUCUGAGGCUGCAUUGGACUGGAAUGUUGUUUGGUAACGUGGGAGUGGCAGAUGGACAAUUGUUUGUUCAUUGGAUUGAUCUGUUGGGGGCCUUUUGGACUGGACUUCAAGUGUUAACAGGGCAAGUCAGUGAUGCAAUUAAGACUCAUUUAAUGUAUUGGAAAGUGUGGAAUGCUUACGAUCUGAUUCCUGAAAGAGUAAAUAUAUUUGGACAUGAAAUGUUACAAUUGCAAUAUGUUACACUGUCAACAGCGUUGGGUAUCACUUUAGAAUGGUAUCCACUUAGACCUGAAUUCAUUGAAUCAACCUAUUAUUUAUAUAGGGCCACCAGAGACCCCAUCUACUUGCAAAUUGGGGCACGUAUUUUGGAAUUAUUACAGACAAAAUUUAAAACCAAAUGUGGCUUUAGGGGAUUCCAAGAUGUACGAACUGGAGAAAUGCAAGAUAGAAUGGAAACAUUUGUUUUAAGUGAAACUUUAAAGUAUUUAUAUUUGUUAUUUGAUGAAGAAGAUCGAUGUUUCUUGCAUGAUAAUGAGGUGAUGAAGGGAAAGAGUUGGGUAUUUUCCACCGAAGCUCAUCCGGUAUGGAAUCCAUCCCCUCUGAAUAACGAUAUGGGGCAAGACAAUUCUUAUCUUACAGAUACUUCUCAACUUAGUUCAAAUUCAUUUUUGGUUCAUUCUUCACCCAAUGAACCAGUUCAACUCGUUAAAUAUACUAUGAAAGAACAAAAGAAUAUUUUGAAACGAGACCCGUUUGAAAUUAAGUUUUCAACUUGUGAAGUCAACCCUUUUCCAUCAGUUCCAUUUAUGUCAUCUGCAUAUUAUCGUAUGAACGAUUUAUUCCAAGCGGAACACCUAUUCCAAUAUUUCUUACUAAGACCAGAAUGUAUGGGUGAAAGAAGUGAUUUCGAAUUGACAUCAAGUUUUUAUGAACGUUAUUCCUUAGUGCAACCAAACCAUGGUUUAUUGCUUCAAUGUGCAAGGAAAGUGACUACCUCGUUUGUGGAUAUGUUUUCUGGCGAAAUGAUGUUUGUUCCAAAAACUGAAGUGACUGAAUUUGCAGUAAUUGGAGCUAAAAAUAUCGAUGAAGAUUAUACGCUACAUACGCAUGAUCUCUGGAUCCCCAAUCUUGCAAAUGCUAGAAUUCGAUUUGAAAAACUUCAACCACUGAAUGUUGAUACAAGAAACCAAGAUAUUACGCCUGAAUAUAUAGAGUACUUCAUGACAAGAGGAGAUAUAUUCCAAAUAAAGAAUAAUACAAGGGUAUUGACCGAAAAUGCAUCACCAAAUCUGGAUACAAUUUUCCGGAUAUUACAAAUUAAUGGGGUGGAUGUUGCACCAGGGGUUAAAGUAUGGACACUGCCGUAUGUUGGAGAUGUAUGUCUGUUUGCAAAUCCAGACAUUGUCUUAUUUGGUGAUUAUAUAGUGGAGAACCUACAUGCAUGGUGGUAAGUGUAGGUAUAUAGAAG